ACCAGAGACGCUAUGACUGUGGUGUGGUCUCUACUGCCUACUGACUGUUACCCACGGGUUUAGUUAUUCAAGUUAAUUAUUGUGUAGGCCUAACAUGUACAAUUAAUUUAUAUAUCCUUAUAAAAUUUAACUCACUGCUUUGUUCAUUGUGUCUUGAUAAGUGCGAUGCUAGCAAAAGCAGUUUGUUCAAAGAUUCUAUAAACGCCGCUGCUAAACUAAAUUAAAAACGAAAAAAAGGCCAAGAUUUCAAGAACUUAUAGCUGUCAUUUUGUUUCCGCCAGUGGUGUUCGGCUUGUGUACGUUCAGGCGACAAUGGAAAGCAUGUCACUGGAUAACCCAGUUUUUCGUGUGUUCUUGGGCCACAGUGUGCUCGUUUUAUUUAAAACUUGUCUUAUGAGCGUCAUCACAGUAGCUGUUUACUACGGAAGCCCUGGUGAAAAGGUCACGUAGUGCAUAUUGUGUGUUGUGUUUGUAAAAACUGGUACCCUGCAGUGAAUGAAUAUAUCAUCUCUCUCUCUCUCUCUCUCUCUCUUCUCUCUCUCUCUCUCUCUCUCUCUCUCACACACACACACACAUAUACACACUCCCCCUUUCACAACCACCUGAAAUUCUCCCGUACAGUAGUUAUUUCUCUCCGAAAAUCAAUUUUACAGGACAGGCUACUUCUGCAGCGCAAAUUUAAGAUUUUUUAAAAUCAUUAAUUGAACAAAUAAUGUUUAUUUAUUCCACCGGUGAAGUCUUUCACGUCCACAUUUGAACUUGGUGUUGAUUUUAUUCUCCCGUUUUAAAUUAAUUAUCAGAAUAAAGUUAAACGGGGGAAAAAAAUCAGAACAGUGAACAGAAAGUUUUAGUCUUUAGUUCUCAUGAAUGUGUAUUUUAUGAUACAACCUUUUAAAGCACACCCAUGGAAAAAAAAUCCCCUUUAAAAAUGUAAGCUGUCAAUUUGAAAUUAUGCUAUAAGGUUUUGGUUUUUACUGGUACGAAAAUAAAAUACACAAGUUUUUUUUUUUUUUUUGUGGCUUUGUUUUAUUGACUGGGGCAAGGGUCCAAUUUCAAGGGAAUGAGUUUGAGUCAUAUUAAAAUAUAUAAUUAUUUAAUAAGUAAACUCCCCUUGAUCGGGACUCGAAUAUUUUUGGAAGUAAAAGUGUGUUUUUUUUUGUUUGUUUGUUUUCUCUCUUCCCCCCCCCCCCCUUCUUUUCUUUUUUUAAUAUUGCCAUAGAAACAUUAGAAUUAUAUUAUCUGUAUCGCUUUUCAGUGAAAACUUUUUUUUGCAUAUAAUUAUACAUUAUAACUAACAAGAAGUAAUUUAACUACUUUCCAACGUUGUACUAUGUAGCAAUAGUUUGAAAAUUUUUGCACAACACAAAGUCUUAAAAGUUAUAUAAUAUAAUAUAUAAUAUAAUGUUAAAAUAAUGUUAUUGACAUUUUUUGGUCUCAUAAUUUUUCUAAUUUGUUGAUAAUAAACAAUUUAAUAAAUUAACAGUAGACUACCUUGCCUUAUGUAUGGUCCUUAAAAAUAAUAGUGAAAACAAUUCUAAAAGGAGGGCUUCAUGCCAUAUUCUCUUCUGUGAAAUGUGCCUUGAAAUUAGGAGCUCACAGCAAAAUGACCAUUCAGUGGGUCAGUUACUGAACUGAAAUAUUUUGAUGAAGUAUGGUUAAGAACAUUUGAGUUUCAACAAAGGUAUGCCUGUAUAAAGUAUCCUUUUUUCCUUUUAAAUUUGUAACAGGAUUGUCUUCUAACUUAUGUUAUAUAAUAAAUGUCCACUCAAAUCUAAAUACAUUGUUUUGCUCUAAUACUAAUAUCAAAUAUGAUUCUUAUAUUGAACAGACUAUCAAUAAAGAUGAUGCAGGUAAAGGUGUCAGAAAAAAUAAAAAAUCUGAAGCUUUGGCCAAUGUGGAAAGAGUUAGGCGGUAAUUUGCAUCUUCAUUUAUAAUUUUAAAUUUAAUUGGGAAAGAAGUAUAAUAUUACCUGCUCAUGUUGGUAAAAAAUGGCCCUGGGCUACUGGCUGGACUCAGUUUGUCAGUAGAUACAAAUAUAAAGGAUACAUGAGUAAUUUACUUAUUCACAUUCUUUAUGAUUAUGCUUAUCCCCUUUCAAUUAUUUUACACACGCAAAAACAACACAGUAGCAAGUAUUUUCAAAAAUAUAUCUUUAAAAAUUUCUGUAGCAUCAUAAAUUAUUCUUUUAAUUGAUAAAUUUAAAUCUAAUGGGUUGAUCCCUUGUAAUUCUGCAGGUCAACAGAUUCAGUGAACUAGUUUAUAUUUGCAAAAUCAAUAUAAGAUAGAGUGUGUUACAGAUUUCAUAUAACAUUUGAAAGUCAGAUUAAUUUAGUUCAAUUAAAGUUGGUAUAAAUGUGUAUGCUGAAUUAAUUUUUUUAUAGAUGUCAUCUGAAUGAUCUGGAGAACGUGAUUCCUUUUGUUAUACUGGGACUUCUGUAUGUGGCCACAGGACCUGACAUUGAAUCGGCUACAAUCAGGUUUAGAAUAUUCACAAUUAGUCGAUUUUUCCACACAAUUUUCUAUUUGUUUGCCAUUCCUCAGCCAACCAGAUUCUUGGCUUUUCUAGCAGGAUUUGCUAUCAAUAUUUCUAUGAUUUACCGUAUCCUUAUCCCAGCAAAUUUCUAAUCUUAAGAAAAAAAUUAUUCCUAAACAAAAUUUUAGAAAUGGCUUUACAUAAUUAAACCCUUUCACAUUCAUUAAGCUAGGGCUAGUUGAUUUAUUUGUUCAAGCCUGUAAUCUUGCAGCAUGAUCAUGUUGAUAGAACAAAUAAAAUGUAUUAAAUAAAUUCUUUUUUUAUUGUCAGCUGGCAUGAAAUUGUAUAUCAUUAUCAAAUGGACAAGCUUACAUUUAUAGCAUUUACAUAAUUUGUAGAUAUGUGCAAUUAGGAUUUCAUAAUUUUGCAACAUUUUUUAUUGCUCCAGCUUUAAAUUAUUUAAGUCCCAAGUUUAUUAUGGAGAAAAUUUUUCAAGAGCGUGGGAAAUUUGUUUGAUUUGGACUCUAGCUGAAAAAUUUGUGACUCCAAAUCACUAUCACCAGUCUUGAUUUCCCCAACAAAAAUGAUGUGGUUUCACAAAAGUGUUAGAACAAAAAAUAGAGCACUUCAUCAAGUCAUGUCACAUACUUGAUGGAAUUAUAUUUUUGUUUAAAUUUUAACUCAUUGAUAAUCAUUUGCGUUUUCUUAAUUUGCAUUGCGUUUUCUUAAUUUGCAUUUGCAGCUCUGAGCUUAUAUAAAAUUGGGUGCUUAGUAUAGUGUCUCAUGAGAGUUUUAAACAGUGGCGGCUGGUGUAUAGCAUUGUGGAACUGCAGCGCCCCAAUUUUUACUCACAACUUAUUAAGAACAAACUGCGUGUUGAGUUUUAUUUCUUUUUCUUUCUUUCUUUCUUUAAUACUUGUACAUAAUAUUUAAUACUGUGAUAAAUAAUUCAUGUCACUGGUCAUCAUCAUUCAUCUAAUGUAUGAAAAAAAAACUACAAAAAUGCUUGCAUUGAACUGUGUACUUCAUAUUUCAAGUCACGAGUUGUUUUAUUGUUCCACAUAUGUGUACAUGUCAGAGGGAAAAAGCGGGUCCACGUUAGAGAGAAGCACUGUUGCUCACGCAGUUCCAUUCUUACUGUCUGCAUAGGAGGCAGUGUUUACAUUAUGAAACAGUGUGUUGACUCUGUGGUGUAUCAUACUUAUGUGAUGAACUGUAGAUGAUAACCUUAAUAUUUACAUGUUCAGUUGAAAAAAAAUUUUUUCAGGCUUUUCAUCAUUAUAUACAAGUUUUCUUUCUCUGUGUGAAUGUAUUUCGUUGUGCACAAUAUUAAAAUAAUGCCUGAAAAUUUUCGGACGCACCCCCACUAAUUUAAGUCAUGAGCCGCCACUGUUUUUAAAACUUUAAUGUAGCAUGUGAAUGAAUCUAAGUGCGGGUGUAUCUUGAGUAGUUAGCCAGAUUUUGUGUUCAACUAGUGAUAAAACAAUUUUUCAAGCAUGUCCUGUUAAAUUUGACAUUGAUGAAUUGUUGUGUAUUUGCUACAGAAAUUUCUGAUUAUGCUUUCUUUCCUUUGUGAUUGUGAUGCUUUAAAUUUGUUUCUACAGAGUCUUCUAGCAUCACUAGAAAAAGAAAAAAAGCAUACAUUAUUUAACUACUUUCUUAACACUUUUCUCAAUAUCACUUGAGAAACUGAUUUAAAUUUGUACAUUUAUGUUAAACAAUUCGAAUUGUGACCACACUGUGCCAAGCUUUUUCACCACUUUUUUUGUUGUGUAAAUAAUUAUUCAUUGCAGCAAAUUUGGUUUUAUUAAUUUGUCAAUGCUUAUGAAAAUUAAAACAUCCCCCCA